AUGGGCAGCGAGGCCAGCCUCACAGGUGAUGCUAGCGCCAAAGAUGACUACACCACAGAUGUCUACCACUUUGACAAGCUUGAAGAAAUCACAUUCACUCCCACAAAGGAAUACGUGACGCAAAGUAUGAACGAGCCAGCAGUCAAGGACUUUGUCGAGGGCGGAGGCUGGGACCUCGUCUACAUGAUCACCGGCCUCAAGAUCGUGCGAGGGCCGGAAGUCUCUUGGCAAAAGAGCAAAAAUUGGGUGAUAAAGGACCCGUUUAAAUGGGAGAAAUUGGAUGACUUCAUCUACGGAAUUCGCGUCAAGAGGCUGUAUUUCAAUCGAGGCGUACUGUCAGCGAGGCCUGGAGCUGUUGUUGGCGAGUACUAUCACCAUGGGGCAAGAUGGGCUGACAUUGACUUCGAUUACGCUGAAGAAAACCUCAAAGAGGUUGUAGCGGAAGAUAUUAGUCAAGGGGAUGAGGAAAUGGAAGGUAAAGGCCAGGUCAUUGACAGGGAGGAGAUUUGGGUAACCCCAAUUUAA